GCCCCGUCAGCAUCAUAACAAAUGCACAGGCCAGACGAGAGGGCAAACGAGCGAGCAACCAGCCAAAAACCUCGUUUGUGGUCUUCCGCCACGCCAUGGCAUGCCAUCGGUCGGUCGGUGCUGUGGUCUAUCGAGCGUGGAUGUGCCUGUUGUUGUGUCCGCAUCUUGAUGUGAAGAAGUCGAAGUCGGGGUGGGUGCGGCGCGCGUUGACGCUGCCCAACCACGACUCGACCUCGUCCUGGCACACAAUGUCACACACACACACACACGCAGAGAGAGAAAGAGAGAGAGAGAGAAAGAAGGAGAAGGAAUGAACGCAGAGGCAGAAACAGACAGACCGAGAGAGGGAUCGAGAGUGGCCCACCUUCAUCUUUGAGUACCACAUGAUGCUCGAGUCGACGUCGCCCUGGUAACCUGUCAGCCACCCACCCAGACGACACACAGACAGGGUUUGCCGAACCCUUAUCUCUCUCUGGCCUGCAAUGCACGUACUACCUGGGAUCCACAGCUUCGGGUCAGCUCGAUAGGCCAGCAUGCCCACCCUCCUCAGGCGGUACGGCCCACUGUCCAGGGCACAGUCAGGGUGGUGGUGGUGGUGGCCCAUUGUCGGUGCCCUCUCGAGCUCGAACGAGUAGUAGACCAAGAACGACGCCGCAUGGUUGGUGCUCAGACUUACAGUGUCGCGCAAUGACGGCUGCCACAGAAUGCACAUCCUGCACAGCACGCAUUCAUGUAAUGACAUGACAGCACAGCCAAGACAGAAAGAAAGAGUGUGUCCGUGUCGUGUCAUGCGAGUCUCGCUCUCGCUACGCUCGUCGUGUACGUAGCCUACCAUGACGUGGGUGCGAGUUCGUUAGAGUUGACUCGUAGCAGGUCGGUGCCCUUGACCUCCUGCUGCCCCAGGCCGCCGCUCUGCCCCUGCCCGGCCAGCAGAUACCGAAUCUGGCUGUAGAGCGGCCGACGCAGAUGGGGCGGCUUGGCUUCAAAGUACUCGAGCGAAUGCGGGUGGCUCUGGCCGGGGUUCUGCUGCCCGUGGUGGCCCCGCAUCCCCAUCCCCUCGCUGAACGACGAAGGCGACCCCGGCGGGACCAUCAUGUGAUGGCGAUGGCCAUGGGUGUGGGUGUGGGUGCCGUGGCCGUUGAGCUGUCUGGGUGCGGAGAUGGGGUCAAGCUGUAUUGCCGAGAGGUAGGGGAUGUAGACGGUGGAUGUGAGCGACUGCGCCGAGUCGCCGUCGAGGAAGGGCACCACGCAGCCGUAGAAUGACGGCUCCUUCAGGGCCUCCCACAAGGUGGUCAGGGAGUACAGAGGCGGGUGGUGCACAGAGACCGAGAAAGAAUCCUGAUCAUGCAUGCGAAAGGCAAAGGAAGGAACCAGAGUGUGUGUGUUGUGCUCAUGAGGUGCUGUGCUGUGCUGUGCUGUGUGGCCAUCCAUGCCACCCAUCCCACACACACGUACACACACGUAGACGUACCUGCAGUGGACUCGCAUGCGGAGUCGUACAGUCCAGAAACGCCCCCAGAUUAAAAUCCCCAGGGCCUCCGACACCACCCACCCCACGCCCUAGCCCCACCGCCCCCACACCCACGCCCACACCCACGCCCAGCCCCAACCCCCUGCUGCUGGGCAUGGGGAUGGGCGGCCGCGGCAGGCUCACACUCUGCGUGUGGGGGCUGCUGGGCUGGCUCGGGUAGCCGUUCUUCAACACACUGGCUAUGUUGACAUCCAUGAAAGACGUCGCCGUCCCGCGCGGCUUCAUCCCCCGCGGGUAGAAGGGGGCCGACGCGCUGCUCAGAUUCGACUGCACCACGCCACCCGUUUGCUUGGGCCUGUUGGUGCUGCUAGUGGCAUCCUCAGCACGUGGGGCCACUGGCCGACGGUCUAGCGAAGAUGGGACGUUUGCUGCACCUUGGUCGAAUUGGGGGAAUGGCGGCACCUUGGUCGGCGUGGCGAGGAGGGGCGCGUUCAUCUGCCCGUUCAUCCAGGUGUGCCCGCGAUGCACGGGAGCGGCGGGGCGAGAGGGUGCGGCCCCCAGAACGCCCGACGUCAUGGCCCUGGUGUGUGAAUGGGCCGCCUUGGGGCUGGGGUAGCAGAUGAUGCCGUUUGUGGUGGUGCUGUUGCCGUUAGUGCUGCUCGUGCUGUUUGCGGGGUCGGUCUCGCUCCUGGCCAGCUCCGACAGACUGUUGCUCCGCAGCAGCGGCGAUGAGUCGUGAUGCGGAAAGGGCGGAUGGCUUCCUGUGCCCCCUCCCUGGUCCACUGAUGAGCGCGCCGACGGCAUGGCGUCGCCAGUGGACGUCUGGCUCGCGGCAUCCGACUGGUCGAGUGAUGGGUUGCCCAGACGGGGCAGAGGGAUGUGGUGCCUCUGUGCGUUGGAGGGCCGCUGGAGCAGCAGCAGUGGCCUCUGCUGCGUCGACUGGGGGUCCUGGGCCGAGGGGUACGAUGGGAAAGGGAUGGCCGUCAUGGAGAGGGCGGGAGAGGGCUGACAAGUGUCAGGCCUGGGCAGCAGGCCGCCGCCCGCCGUCUUGUGGCUGUGGCUGUCGAUGCUCGAGAGAGAGGACGAAUGCGGGAUGGGGAUGGGGGAAGGAGGAAGAUCAUCGGGCAAUGGCGAUGGCGGCAGCAGCGACACCUCCCGGAACGGGGGAUGCCCCUGCCCCCCCUCACUCGCGGCACACUGGUGGCCGUCCUGACAGCCCUCAGGCGCCUCAACACCACACGACAGGCCAGCUGCAGCAGCAUGAGUAGAUGCGUGCGCAGCUGACGGCGGCUCCGGCACUGACUCAUGGUCGCCAAACGACUCCUCCUGCCGUUUGUCGUGGUCGCCCUUCCGAUGCCCCUGACGGACGGCCGCAGAGCUCGGCUCACUGCGGCAGCUAAGCUGAUCGUUGGACGCGGCUGUCUCCUCAGCUUGCUGCGCAUGGUUUGUUGCCGGCUUCCCCUCUGAAGCAUUUGGCGAUGUAGCCGGGGUGGCCGUGCCCGCAGCCACGGGCUGCUGUUGGAGUGGUGUGGGUCGGCUGGCCGCCGUCUCGGCCUCCCUGUUCCUGCUGCCCUUGCCACGCUUGCCCCCCUCCCUGCCGCCCGGCUGACCCUCCAUGGCAGAGCCCUGCUUGCCGGCCGGUCCCGCAGCGCCUGUGGUGCCGUUGAUGCCGCUGCUGUAGCUGCCCAUCAUAAGUCGGCUGCCCCCGCUGCCGGCACUGUCGGUGCUGCAUGCGCUCCGUGUGCUGCCCGUGCCUGUGCUGGGCACAGAACCCGAGUAGGUGUAUGGGGCACGGUCGCGUGUCGACGAUGACGACGGGUUAGACGAAGGCUGCCAGUAGAGGGACGGCUGCUGCGGCACGGGGGUCCCUGUGUCACUCGGGGUGGACGGUGGGUCUCGGCGGGUCUUGGGCGAGGGAGAAUUCUCGCCGUCGGCGCGUGAGGGGAGGGUGGUGCACUCGGAUGCGUUGUGAGUGGCGGCAGCUGUUGGCGAGGGGAGGUGGUCGCAGCUGCAGCUGGCCGUGGUGCUGCCGUGAAGCGUGGAGCCAGCCGUGCUCAGGACGCUGUCGCUCCUGCCCACGGCCAUCCGCAGAGGCAGGUGAGAUGGGUGAGUCGAAGACGCCUUCUCGUCACCCUUGUCCUCUCUUGCCGGCGGCUCGUCAUGCUGUGACACCGACGUGGUGAUGUGAGUGGGCGCCUCCUCCACUGGUGCCGCCUUGGCCACCUCAAUCACGCCGUUUGCCUUGACCUCCUCCCCCUCCCCCUCUCCAAUCAUGGGGACAACGGUCUCCAUCUUGCCGACAUCCAUGUCCUUCUGCUCCUUGUCCUUCUGGUGGUCCCGGUUCUUCUUCUUGCCGCCCUUGGGGUGGUCCUUGGCUCUCUGCUUGGGGGCGGGGACCUCACGCGGCGGGGUCGGCUCAGCCUCAGCCUGCACCCCGACAGCCGCCUGUUCAGGGACGUCAGUCACCUGCUCAGCCAUGCCGCUCUCCUGCGGCCUCUCGAUCUCAGACACCUCCUCAGCAGCCUUCUCACACUCAUCCACUGACGCACCACCCGUCCCCGAGUCGUCUGGGACAGGGGCAGUGGCCUCAGUGCUCGGUGGUGGGACGCUCUCAGCAGCACGGGCGGUGGCAUUGGCGUCGUCAACUCCCGUGUCGGUGUCGGUGGGCGUUGGCCGCUCCUCGGUGGUGGGCUCACUCUGGCCGGCGGCCGGCUCCGCCCUCUGCCGACCACUUCUCUUCUUCCGUGGCGUCUUGCCCUUGUCAUUGGCAGCCUUGUCGUCGCCAACCACUGGCUGUGCGGCCGCCGGGUGGUCAUCCUCAUUCCCCUCCCUGCCGUUGCUCGCCGACGAGCUGGCAGGGGCAGCCGCAGAUGCAGAGGCAGAGGCAGAGGCAGAUCCGGAUGCAGUCGACUGCGCGCGGUUCUUCUUCUGUCUGCGUUCCUUGUCUCGUUUGCUCUUGGCCAGCGAUGCGCCGUCGGCAGCCGCGCUGGAGGCAGUGGUGCUGCCCUGUGAGGUGGAGGAGGGUGCGGAUGGUGCGGGUGUGAGUCCCGUCUUGCGUGCGAGGAGCUGGUUUUGACGGCGGAUGUGUCGGGGUGGCGGGGGCUGGGAGGGAGGGGGGUGGUCGCUGGAACGACGGAUCAGAUCUAGACACGCGUUCACUGUCAAUAUACACGCACCUGCAUAACGACAAGAAAGAAAGAAAGGGACGCAUCCACCCACCCACCCACCCACAGUCCCGUUGUGUGCUGUGUUGUGUGUGGUUCUCUGACUGACGCACCAGGGAUGAUCUCCAUGGCAUCGGUGAGAUGUGACGAGUGUGCGGUGGAGGACGCUCUCGGCGUGUCGCUCCCCGUCAGACUCUCCUCCCCCUCCCCCGUCCCAACAGACGCCCCCUCAACCCUCUCCCUCUCUCCCGCCCCACUAGCAGCGCUGCUAGACGACCGCUCCUCAUGCGGCUCGAUAGCGAUACCCCUCUUGCGCACAAUGGCAAAGAAAAACGAAACCUCAUCCGGGAAGGGCGUGUUGGGGCCGAAGGUGCCGUACGCCCCCGGCUCCUGGCUGAUGCGCACAACUACAGCUGACUCAGGCAUGGACUGGGCCGAGUUGUCGGCCGACGCGGUGCCCACUCCUCCGUUGACUAGCGUGGGAGGGGGGUGGCGACUGACGGUUGCUGUGGUGGGCGACGAAGGGCGAGACGACAGCGAUGCUGCUGAGGGGUCGGGGUCCGACGGCUGAGAGGAUGCGGGGAAGGGCAUCGACAACGGCAGGUCAGCGUCGUCACUACUCGCAUCCUUGUCUCCCUGGCCGCUCCCCGACGGCUUGUCGUCAUGACCGUCGUCCGUGUUGCUGUCGCUCCACCUCCUCGCCAGCCUGGGGUGGUCCUCCCGCCCCUCCCCCUCCCCCUGCUGCUCCUGAUCUUCUCUCCCCACCGAGGGGGGCAGGCGAAACGACAAGGACGGCGAGCUGGUCGACGCAUGCUCGUGGUCCUCGCCCUCCUCAGUGGUGGAGGGCGAUGGGCUGGGUGGCCUGGCCAUCAUCUGCCGCAUAUGGCGGGACUUCUUGGCCAUAUCCCGUCGGUACUCCUCCAGCUGGAUGUCCGCCUGGGUCUGCCUGGCGUCCGACAGGAAGGAUGCGACUGGCCUGAAGUCUCUGAAGUCAUGCUGGUGGGAGUGAGGCAGCGACGGGGAGGGCGAAGACGACGACGUUGACAGAGAGGGCGAUGUCGGGGUCGUCCGACGAGCCUGCAGAAGCCAAGGACAAAGGCACAGCCCAGCCCGUGCUGUCAUCAAUCUUUCCACGGUUUGCUGUCUGUGCUUUUGCUGGGCGCGUAGCGUACCUCGACUGUGACGAUGCAGUUUCCUUUGGUGAUAAGGUCAGCAUCGAUUCUGCUCUGCCGUGAGCUGCCGCCCUCGGAUGCGGCGGCCGAUGCUGAUGCUGAUGCUGAGGCCGAUGUGCUGCUGUGAGUGGGUGUGACGCACGCUGCCCCAGACGAUGGGCCUGCUGACGCAGACUCAACGGGCAUCAUCAAACACUGACACACACAACACGACACAAGACAAACAGACACACGGUUUUGUUGUCGGCUACACCAGUGAGUGAUCGUGCUAUGCAUCUGUUGACACACCGACUGACCUUGUUGUCCUCCCGCCCUUGCGUGUUGGCCGACCGUCUGAACUUGAGCACUAGCAGGUCAAACGAUGUGGCCGAAACUUGUUUGACGAAAAGGACUAUCUCGCGAAGCUCCUGGAGGGCGUUGCACGAGUAGAACAGACUCUCCAGGUCAGGCGAGUGCACCUGACACACACAACACAUACACCAACACCCACAACAACACCACACUGAGGCCUGCCCCGACACCGCAGAUGCACACACACGAAUGCAGCUAGCUGUCUGGCGUGGCCGCGCACGUCUGUCGAGACACCCGAGCUCAGAAACGGGCUCCAUCUCACGCACGACAGCCUCUCUCGCCCCCUCGCCUGUUGCCGAGCCCUCUGGCUGACCCCGUUUCCUGUUGCUUACGUUCCUGACGAUGACUUCUGGUUGCACGAGUAGGGUGUUAGCGGUGUUUGUGGCCCUUGUGGCCAUUCGACCAGGUAUUGACCGCACGGCAGCUCUCCACUCGAGUCCCUCCAGUUCCACUGCCUCCCUGUGGGACGAGAGUGGUGGCCCUUGGCGGACCUCACUAGCUGGAAGGGACGCCGACUGCUGGGGCGAAGGUGCGUCCUCCGAUUUGGGCCUUGGGCCAGCCUGACUCACUGAUAGGAACAUGCAGAAGCAGGCAUCUCCUCA